AUACUUCAGUUACCACUUGAAACUUGAAGUGAUCAGACCAAAAAGUAUUAAGACUCGAAAAAUUGGCAAAACAGAUAUGUCGUUCCCUUUUUUGCACAUACUGUCUUUAGUUUUAUGCCUUCUAAGUACUGUUCAGCUGGGAAGUAAUACUUUCCUGAACCCGUUUCAAGUAGUUAUACCUCCAAACGUUCUUGAAGAUGCAUUGCUAGAUACGUUCCAACUUAUUAUUAAAUAUGGAUAUCCUGCCGAGAACUACACGGUGCAGACCGACGAUGGAUAUCGGUUGAGUCUGUUCAGGAUCGCUAGACCUGGGGCCAUGCCUGUUUUGAUGGUGCACGGUCUUUUGGACAGCUCAGCCACUUGGGUGAUGAUGGGUCCUUCAAAGUCCCUAGGAUACUUCCUAUAUGAUCAGGGCUACGAUGUCUGGAUGACCAAUGUGCGGGGCAAUAUGUAUUCGAAGCACCAUGUCUGGUACUCAACUGACGAUCCUGAGUUUUGGAACUUCUCCUUCCACGAGAUGGGCGUCUACGAUCUGCCCAGCACCAUUGACUUCGUACUGAUGCAUACUGGAUUCGAUCAGCUGCAGUACGUGGGUCAUUCCCAGGGGAGUGUCAUCUUUUGGGUUCUCGCCAGUGAGAAACCCGAGUACAUGGACAAGGUCAGCAUAAUGCAGGCCCUGGCCCCAGUGGCCUUCUUGACGCACUGCCGGAGCCCCAUUGUGAACUUUUUGGCUGCUCAAGAUGCUUUGGUUGCGUUCCUCCUUAGAUCGACGGGAUUCAAUGAACUGCUGCCCAGUAACUAUGCGAUCAACUUUUUCAAGAGAAUCGCCUGCCACGAUACGACUAUUUCCAUCCAGAUCUGCCAGAACUUGCUGUUUAUAUUUUUCGGAUUCAACCGGCAGCAGCUGAACGAAACGAUGCUGCCGGUCGUGGUGGGUCACACGCCGGCAGGAGCAUCCACCAAGCAGCUGCACCACUUCGGUCAGGUGAGGAACUCCCGCAGGUUCCAGCACUUUGACUACGGGUUGUCGAACCUGCUUUACUAUGGGAGUCUCUUUCCCCCCUUGUACAAGCUCCAGAAUGUCCGGACCAAGGUGGCGUUGUAUUACGGCAGUAAUGACUGGUUGGCUCCGCCGGAAGACGUGGAUCGCCUCUACAGGAGUCUGCCCAAUGUGGUGGACAAGUAUGUUGUUCCGGAUGCGAACUUCAACCACUUGGAUUUCAUCUGGGGCAUCGAUGCACGGGAGCUUGUCUGGGACAGAAUGAUUGAAGUCAUGAAACUUCAUGUGCCUCAGCCCCCUAAGAUUGAUGGCGCAGAUUUUACCACUUCUGCCUUGAUGGUUUAAGUACAGUCAAGGGGUUCCAGAAAUCAAUUGUUUAAUCAAUUUAUUUAUUAUAAGAUACGUUUAAUAUAUAUAGUGUGAAAGAUCACUUGAGUCUCUCAAAGGCUUAAGACCUUCCGUGCAAGUCACA